UCUGGCUUCAUUGCAAAAGGAGCUGAGAGAAAUGCGGAGCGAGAUCCGUGAAUCACUGGGGGAAAUAAAGACCACCUUACGGGACCUAGAGGGUAAGGUGGAAAGAAGUUUCAAGGACUUCGAAAAGAAGAUGCCAGAAAGAGCGGAAAGUCAGGCCCAGGGGCAGCUGAUGAGGGAAGUGAAAGUGGUGAUGACAAGAGUUCACCAGAGUAUUGCGCGCAUCACGGGAGAUGCUCUGAGUCCUGAGUAUAUCAAGAUUCAGAGUAUGCUCCCAAUAACAUCGCAGGAUGCGAUUAAUACUCUGGAGGAGCUCUUAAAUACCAAGUCAUACUCCGAAGCAAUGCUAAAUAUUUUGCUGAAGCUGAGGGGUGCUAAAGGAUGCAUCAAAGGGGUGAUGAAGAGCGUUUACUCCGACAGCUUGAUGUUCCAUUACAAUUUUGAGGGGAAAGCCAACAAAUCGGCGCUUUUGGGCCUCAAAAGUCUGGAACUCAUUUUCGAUACAUUUAAUAGCACCCCGAAAAGCGAAGUCAUCGCUGAAAUUCGCAAAGCGGUUUUAAUGAGCCACAACCGACAUAAGCAAGUAGUUAGGAAACAAAAACAAAAAAUUAAUAUUCAAAAUAACAACUAAAACUAAAAUAUUUCUAAACCUAAUUUUAUAAUGUCAAAUUACUUUAAUUCAUGUUAAUUUUCUAACACCAAAACCUAAUUUAAGAAUGUAAAUAUUAUAUUAAUUUAUGUACAUAAAA